UUCAAACUUUAUUAGAUAUUCAUUCAGGUUCCAAGAAAUGUUGCACAGGGUGCUCUGAGGAUUAGUGAAUUAGAGACACAGGUUGCAGCAAUUUGUAAAAAAGGCAACAUUCUUAGCUUCCUAAAAUUCACAGGAAGACUCAGAUUAUCUGGAGAAAUUGUAUGACAGUGGAGUAUGGCAAAGUGGGGGCAAAAUAUUCUGUGACAACUUAUUGUUUCCGUUUCUUCUUCAGGAUGAAAACUAGCCAAGAAACAGUGGGAAGAAACAGCACGACAAUCACUGGAUUCAUUCUCCUCGGUUUUUCUGACAUUCCCAGCCUGCAGCAUUUAUUUUUUUCAGUGUUUCUGGUCACCUACAUAGUUACCUUGGCUGGAAACCUUCUAAUCAUUGCCCUCACAUUGGCUGACCCAGCCCUUCAUACCCCCAUGUACUUCUUCCUCAGGAACCUGUCCUUCCUGGAGAUGUGCUACACAUCAGUCAACGUCCCCAAGAUGCUUGGAAAUCUGCUCUCUGGGGAUAAAGCCAUCUCUUUCACAGGCUGUGCUAUGCAAACCUAUUUCUCUUUUUUCCUUGGUGGGUCAGAGUGUUUUCUCUUGGCGUCCAUGGCCUACGAUCGCUAUGUUGCAAUAUGCAAGCCUCUGCAUUACCCCUUGGUUAUGAACAGGAAGGUGUCCACUGGACUGGCUGCUGGAUCCUGGCUCAGUGGUCUCCUCAUGUCCUUUGGUCACACCAGCAUGGUAUUCACUCUACCCUUCUGCAGAUCCCAUGAGAUUAAUCAUUUCUUCUGUGACAUCCCUCCACUGCUGAAGCUGGCAUGUGGAGACACUUCCCGCAAUGAAAUGGCUAUCUUCAUGGUGGCUAUGUCCUUUGUCACCUUUCCCUUCAUGCUGAUUCUCAUGUCCUAUGUCUGCAUCAUCUCCACCAUCCUGAGGAUGCCAUCGGAGGAGGGCAGGAGGAAGUCCUUCUCCACCUGCUCCUCACACCUCGUGGUGGUGACACUGUUCUAUGGCUCUGCUUGCAUUAUGUAUCUGAAGCCCAAUUCCUCCUACUCACCAAACACAGACAAGUUUCUCUCUCUGUCCUACACGGUCAUCACUCCCAUGUUAAACCCCAUCAUCUACAGCCUGAGGAACAAGGAGGUGAAGGGAGCAUUCUGGAGAAUGGUGCGGAGAAGAAGGUUCCUUUGAAUAAAGGAAUCUGAUUGUCUGCAAAUGUCUCCAGCUCAGUUCUUUUAAAGGCUUUAUAUCUAUGUUAGGACCUUAUCUGGCCCCAAUACCAUGGUAACUGAGCACCUCAUAAUCUUUAGUGGAUAACCUCAUACCGCCUCUGUGCAGUAGGAAAAUGCUAUAAUUUAAAUUUUAAAGAUGGAGCUGUGACAGGUUGAAUCACAGAAACCUCCUUGGAGGCUGCCAUCCUAUGUGCUGAGACUAUCCCUGAGCCUGUUUCCCCUGGCAGCUAAGGACUUCAGUGCCUGCCUGAUUUGAACCAGACACACUUGCCUGCUGCAAAAAGAGACCCAGGUCUGAACAAUAGCCCCCAAACGCAGGUUUAAUUGAAAACAUGUCAAAAAGUGUUGGGGGAGGGAUAGCUCAGUGGUUUGAGCAUUGGCCUACUAAACCCAGGGUUGUAAGCUCAGCCCUUGAGGGGGCUGUUUAGGGAACUGGGGUAAAGAUGUGUCCAGGGAUAAGUCCUGAUUUAAGCAGGAGGUUGGACCAUACAACCUUCUGAGGUCCCUGAUAUUCUAAGUGUUCCUGUCUCCACCACUCAGAUGCCCACACACCACAGAAAUCCUUUUCACACUUUAUAAAGCUUAUACAGGGUAAACUCAUAAAUUGUUCGCCCUCUAUAAAACCAAUAGAGAGAUAUACAAAGCUGUUUGUGCCCCCCGCAAGUAUUUAUACAUACUCUGGGUUAGUUAACAAGUAAAAAAAAAAGAUUUAUUAAAUACAAAUAGUAGGAUUUACUUGGU